AUGGAUGCUAAUUCUGAUUUUGGAAAAUGCUUUGAUUGUGGAAACGAACGAAGUAGCGCAAGGUGGUGUAAUGAUUGUGAAAACAAUGCUUUUAAAGAAAAUUUUAGAAAUUGUGUUGAUAAUUUUAUUAAAAAUACUCAAUUAAAUGCGACUGAUAGUGUUGAUUAUUUGGAAUAUAUUGAUUUCGAACAGUUUGAUCUUGUGGAAAAAAUAAACAAAGGUGGGGAAUUUAGUACAAUUUAUUCUGCAAUUUGGAUGGAGGGACCUAGAUGGAUUUGGGAUAAUGAUGCCGAGCAAUGGACACGAAAUGGACCUAUGAAAAUUGCCCUAAAGAGACUUAAUGAUUCGCAAAGUAUAAGUGAAGAUUUUUUGAAAAAAGUUUACAAAUAUCACCAUAGUUUACAUGGCGGAAAUGUUGCAGAUUUAUUUGGAAUAACUAAAUAUAAUACUUCAAAUUACAUGUUUGUCAUGAAAUAUUAUGAGUACGAAGAUUUAUAUUCAUUUCUUGAUGAAAUCCAAGGAACGAUUCGUUGGAGAGAUAUAGUUGAUAUUCUUUGGAGCAUAUAUGGAGGAAUUUUAAAUUAUCAUGAAAAGGGAUUAAUUCAUGGAAAUCUUCAUGGAGGAAAUAUAUUGGUUGAAAUUACACAAGAUUUAUUUGCUAAUAUUUAUAUCCCAGAUAUGGAACCAUGUUCAUUUGAUAAGAAACGUUCAAAUGAAAUAUAUGGAGUUCUUCCUUAUAUAGCUCCCGAAAUCUUGCAAGGUAAUCCGCUAACCGAGGCCGGAGACAUUUAUAGCUUUGGAAUGAUCAUGUGGACACUUUCUGUGGGUGUUCGUCCAUGGUGUAACAGACUUCAUGAUUCGAAAUUGGCCAGUGAAAUUUGUUCCGGUCUUCGUCCUGAAAUUAUUGAGGGAACUCCAAACGUUUAUACUCAAAUAAUGACGCAAUGCUGGAAUCCCGAUCCUUCAAAACGUCCGACUACAUAUGAAUUAUAUGAUGAGUUAGAUACUUAG